AUGCCGAUUGAGCCACUAAAGACCGUGUUGCGGCUCCAGGCGACGGUCGUCGAAGGCUUUGGCCGCGGCGGGAAACAACUCGGCUGCCCGACUGCCAAUUUGUCACGAGAGGACUUGGGAGACCUCUUGGAUCAGCUGCCUACGGGCAUCUACUGCGGCUGGGCCACCGUGGACGGCAAAGGUCCGUAUAAGGCGGUCGCUAGUAUCGGGUGGAACCCUUACUUUAAGAACGAGGAGAAGACGGUGGAGCCGCAUUUGCUGCACAAGUUUGACGAGGAUUUCUACGGCGCGCAGCUCAAGCUUCUCGUUGUGGGGUACUUACGACCAGAGAUGAACUACACGUCGCUCGAGUUGCUGAUCAAGGCCAUCCAGGAUGAUAUCGCCCAGUCGGAAGAGUGGCUGGACCGGCCCGAGGGUCUCUCCUGGUCGCGGGACGCCUUGUUCCAGUGA